AUGCACGUGAGAGCAUAGAGUGCAAAGAAUGGCGGUGAAGGUUGGCAUCAUCGGCGGAUCUGGUAUGGAAGACACUUCGGUGUUCGAAUUGGAAGGACGACAAGAGAAACACGUCGACACUCCGUUUGGAGCGCCGUCCGACAAGUUGGUAACUGGUCGCAUUGGAGGCGUAGACUGCGUUCUUUUGUCGAGGCAUGCUACAGGGCAUAAGCUCAUGCCAUCAUGUAUUAACUAUCGAGCCAAUAUUCAUGCUCUCAAGGCCGAAGGUUGCACUCAUGUGCUUGCCACAUCGGCGUGCGGCUCUCUUCAAGAGUACAUCCAACCGGGAGUCCUCGCUUUUCCUAAUCAAUUUAUAGAUCGUACAACGAAACGUCAACAAACAUUCUACGAUGGCUCGUCGCCUGAAUACUCGGGUGUAUGCCACAUCCCCAUGGAUGACCCCUUUUGCGUACGCACUCGGAAGAUACUCAUACGUUUGUGCGAACAGAACAGCAUCGAACACUAUGGAGGACCUUGCACGACUCUCACUAUUGAAGGACCGAGGUUCUCGUCUCGAGCCGAGAGUAAGCUUUUUAGGAGUUGGGGUGCUCACGUGAUUGGCAUGACAACGAUUCCGGAAGUUGUAUUGGCCAAAGAGGCUUGUCUCUCAUAUGUCACAAUUGCUCUGCCAACCGACUACGAUUCAUGGAGGGAAACAGAGCAAGGGGUGAAUGUGCCUAUGGUUAUGGAGGCAUUCAAGUCUAACGUCCGUAAUGCCAUGCACUUGAUUAACGAGGCCAUCUCUGAAAUCAGCAAACAAGACUGGACAGACGUACAAAAAUCAUUGAGGGAUCAUGCAGAGUUAAGUCUCAUGGGCAGCAAGUCUUGAGCCAGCAUAGAAUUGAGGUUGUACUAGUAGCUUGGCUUCAUUUUGACAUCAAUGUAGUAUGUGUGCAUUAUAAUGCUUGUUACUAUAGUGGCUGUUGUAUGCCACUGAUCCAAACAUAUUGUAUGGCAUGUCGUGUGGCGUUCGGGUAGGGCAGUUAUUUAUUUCAACUUGAGUGCACAACACUG